AUGAAGCUCGGAGCCCUUCUCACGGGCGCUGCCCUCGUCCUGCCUACGGAACUCGCCAUGCCGAAGCAGCAGUUCUGUCGAACUCUCGCCAAGCCUGACUGCGGCAAGGGUUGGGUCUGCGUCCCGAUUUCUGCAGGAUGUACGACUACCACCGACUGUCUUGGCAUGUGCCGCUCAGCCAAGAAGUACAGCGCCAUGGUGCCAGUUCCUGUGGAGCAGGUAAAAGAGACGAUCAAGGAGAAGAAAUCGAAGAAAGGAGAAGGCAAAGAAAUGAAGGGCAAGGAUGUGACGAAGAUGGGGGUCAGCGAUGUACCCGAAUCGGUCAUUCAACCUGCGGCGCGAAACCCUCCUCAAGAAGAACACGAAAAGCCCGGGAAGCAAGACAAGAAGAAGGGCCUGAAGAAGCACGAACAGACGAACGGCGAUAAACAUAAGUCUAAGGGCCACCACGACAAGCCGAAGAAGAAGCACCCAAAGGAUCGCAAAAAUCCUGGCAAGUCCAAGCACCACGAUAAGCCCAAGACAAAGCACCAUGGAGAGCCGAAACAACCCGAGAAGCCCAAGCAUCAUAACAAGGCCUCGCCCCCGAAGAAACCGGCGCAUCCCAAAAAGCCGGAGCACCCGAAUAAACCAGAACACCCCAAGCACCCGAAGAAGCCAGAACACCCUAAACAUCCGAAGAAGCCAGAACAUCCCAAGAAGGCGGAACACCCCAAGAAGCCAGAACAUCCUAAGAAGGCGGAACACCCCAAGAAGGCGGAGCACCCCAAAAAGCCAGAACACCCUAAACACCCAAAGAAGCCAGAACAUCCCAAGAAGGCGGAGCACCCCAAAAGGCCUGAGCACCCUAAGAAGGGACGGUCCCUCGAAGACACCCGCCCCUAA